CAAAGGGAAGGUGGUGGCAGGCGGGGGCUGGGAGAACACGACGGGGUUGAAGUGAGUCAGGAGCGGCUGAUGAGUUCAGACCAGAGCGGAGAGCCGCCACUGCUGCAGGAGGAGGCUGAUCCGGGACCGAAGACCGGUGGGAAGGACGAGGCUCCGCUGGGGAGCGAGGGAGGGACAGGCGGCAUGGUCACCUCUAAGGGCGCAGGUUUGAACCCAAAUGCCAAGGUGUGGCAGGAGAUGCCUGUGGCCCCAAGUGAGACUGUUGCCAACAGCCCUCUUUGGCCCCCGUCAGACAUCAGUGGGGGUUAUUCUGAGCCAUCGUCUGCUGGGUGCAAGCAGUACACUGUGGGAUUCCCGGCCCUGGAUGACAGCAGCUCCACAGCAACAGCUGAGAUAGCAGUGAAUGGAAUGGACCCUCCAGAAUUGGGCUUUUCCCCUGCUGAGUCCACCUCAGGGACCUCAGUGGAUUCCAAAACAGAAGAUCAGCCAAUCUCUUCUGAGAAUCUGCGAGAGUCUCUGAAGAAAGAGCUGGAGUUUUAUUUCUCCAGAGAAAACCUCUCAAAGGAUUUGUACCUGAUGUCCCAGAUGGACAGUGACCAGUUUGUCCCUAUUUGGACUAUAGCCAGCAUGGAGGGCAUCAAGGUCCUCACCACUGACAUGGACCUCAUCUUGGAUGUGUUGAGAUCCUCCCCCAUGGUACAAGUGGAUGAGAAAGGGGAGAAAGUGCGUCCUAAUCACAAACGGUGCAUUAUCAUCCUGAGGGAGGUCCCUGAAACCACACCUGUUGAGGAAGUGGAGUCGCUGUUCAAAAAUGACAACUGUCCAAAGGUGAUAAGUGUUGAGUUUGCACACAACAACAACUGGUACAUCACAUUCCAAUCAGACACAGAUGCUCAACAGGCAUACAAGUACUUGAGAGAGGAAGUAAAAACAUUUCAGGGAAAGCCCAUCAUGGCGAGGAUAAAGGAUUUCUUGCAAAAGAAUGCCUACCGUAGCAUAGACAGCAGCCUGUACGCUCAGCAGUCCCAGAGCCAGUCCCAGUACAGCUCUCCACUCUACAUGCAGCAUGUCUACCCCCAGCAGCAGUACCCAGUGUACGGCAUCGUACCGCCCACCUGGGCACCGUCGCCCCCACCAUAUUUUGAAACCCCUCUGGCACCGUUUCCCAACAGUAGUUUCGUGAAUGGAUUUGGCUCUGCUGGACACUACAAAACUGCCUCCAGCUCUCUUAAUAUCCCUCGCCCAUUUUUUUUUUUUUUUCAAACAGCGAACAUCAGCUCAGCUGUAAUAAAGUUUUGUCUAAAGACAGUGUUACCCCACCAGGGACAUGUUCUUCACUCCCUGUCUUUUUGCUGUCCCCACAGUGUCCCCCUCUAUUCAAGAAAGAAUGUAAUAAAUGCCUUCAGAAACCACGUGAAGCCCCAGGUGAGGACGAGCGAGGUGACCCCAGCAGCCAUACCUCCUGUCUCCUUGGAGAGUCUGACUGGGCUGCGUAGUCCACAGCUUUCCACUCCUGUUGGCCCCUCCACGACCACUAACCCAGUCCAGACAGCCUCUGACCUGAGCACUGCAUUCUCCCAUCUCUCCUCUGCUUCUUCUUUGGACCCCAGUGACGACGGUGGCAUGGCUGGACGUGGAAGACGGAGCACAACCUACAGGGGAACACGGAGGCGGCGAGAAGAUGAACGGAUUACGAGACCUGUGCCCCUAGCAGAAGUCAAGGUUUCUCCACCCAAGUUUGACUUGGCUGCCACCAGUUUCCCACCUCUUCCUGGCUGCAUUGGCAAUACCCAGGGGGAGCCAGUUCAUGAAAACCGCUUGUCAGAUGUUGUACGUGGUUUGUACAAAGACAAGAUGGACAACACCAAUAAAGAAGCCACCAUGAGUCCGGGUUCAGGGCAAGCCCCAGUCAUGGAGCAGGCUGUGGCUGUCUCAAGUCCUGCUCUGGCAGCAGCCAAACCUGCUACACAACCACUUGGACCCUCAGCACCUGGUAUCACUCGCCAGGAGAAGAGGGUUGAGCGGGCAGAGAUCCCAGCUCCAAAAGUGACCCCAUGCACACCUGUUCAAACUACCGUAAACCCUUCCUCCUCCACACAGCCUGUACCUGGCUCCAGGCCUCAGUCGUCCACACUCGUGGCACAGAGCACGCCUGCCCCUGCCACAGCUACUCUUCCCACCCCAGCACAGGAGCCACGUAAGCUCAGCUACGCCGAGGUGUGCCAACGGCCACCUAAGGAUCCUCCCCCUGCGGCCCCUGCCCAAGCUUCCUCUGGUACCGCAUCAGGCCAGCCAUUACGCGAGUUGCGCGUGAACAAGGCUGAAGAGUUGGGCUCCAGCAGUGGUUCUGGAGACAAGCAAGAGAAAGGCCAUGACAGGGAGGGGGGAUGGGAAUGCAAGGAGAGCCGGCCGCCACGUGAACGUGACUCUCAAGGCUACUACCGCAGCAAUGGCCCCAGAGGCACGGCUGGCCUCAAGUUCCGUGAGCAGAGGCGCCCAGCUCCGGCCCGACGCAGCUCCCCCCAGGGAGGCUAUAGGCACACUGGCAAAGAGCAGAAUAUCCCACCAGUAUCGCCAAAGUAAAAACUUUAUGAAUAGAAAAAAGAUGUAUGAAUAUAUAUACACGGAUAUAUAUAAUUAUAUAAAAAUGAAUAACAUAAAAGCAACAACAUUAUGGUAGCCACCUUUCCCCCUGGAACGUGUCCAAUGAAAAGCUUUGAAAAUGACAAUAAGACCAGGACUGAUGGGCAGAAUGACACCCGAAGAACUCUGAGUGAUUUUGAAAAGGAAACAAAAAUGUUGUUUUGGCUUCUGGCAUUAUACUUAAAAGAAUUCCAGUGUGAUUUAUCUGGAGGCCAUGUCAGUUGUACUCUGCUAGGGAGAGGUGGGAAGCUGGGCCCUAUAAAUGGCCCUCUACCUUUUUUUGUUUUUAAAAUUUUAAAGAAUAGAUGUUGAUCUGCAAGAACAAUGUGCACUAGGAAGAAAAGAACAUGCAUAUACAUCAUGUACAUAUACAAAGAUAUCACUAACGCGCAAUGAGUUUUUUUUUUUUCUUGUGUGCUUAGGGUUGCAAGUAUGAUUGAAGGGUUGACUGAUGUCCGAGUAUGCAUAGAUUGUUAAAUACAAUGGUUUAAGUGCUACAGUGCGCUGUUGCACUGAUUUAAUGAAAUGGAUGAAUUUUGAUUUUUACAUCAGAGAUUCCGAAUCAUUGUCCUAAAACUGGGCUGUGUGGUCCUCAAAUGUAUAUUAAUGAAAUAUGUCCUGUGGUGGUAUUUUGAUCUUGGUUUAUGAUUAGCGUGAAUUGUAUCAGUCAGAAACUGGCAAUGUAAGCCACAGUCAGGUGUGUGGUUUUGUUCCAAGCUGAAAUCGACUUUGGGGUACUCACCGGCCUGUUGGCCAUGGUGAACCUGCUUGCCUGGUCCAAUGUUUUUCAUGUUAAGUUUGAUCUCUGCUGAAAUAUUUUUGGGUGUACUCAGUCUGAUUCAUAUUAUUGUCAUGUUGAUAAUCGGUCAGAAUCUCUGUUUACACGUUUUGUUUGCGUAGGCAGGUGAUGUCUUUCACAUGGAAAAGAAUGAGGUUAAUGGAAAGAUUUGACUGUUCGGUGCACCAGAUGACGUAGGUGAGGUUCAGCUUUUCUAUGUCACAGGAUAUCCAGGUUAAGCUUAUCUGUGAAUUGUUCGUAACAGGCGCAUAGUGUCAAAAAUAGUAGGGAGUGCUGUUGACUACAUGAUAUUUGGCAGCCCAAAUCAUGAGUACAAAGAGAAUUUGAACAUUUUCCUGUGCUAUGUGCCAGCUGCCUAUGAUCAUAGUGUGCUAGGGUAAAGUUUUGAUUUUUAUUGGAGGUCUGCUAAAUAAUGUAGUCUUGGGAAAACUUUAGCCGCUGUGAAACUGGAUUUUGAAGAAGCUGUAGAGGUUUAGUUGCCUGUGCUAUAUUGUAAUAACCCUUCACUAGAAAUGUGUGUGGGAGAAUGUAAUUGUUUUAGUACUGAAUUUACAGAAGAAGGCUUUUGACUGCAGGUAUCCACCAGAUUAUUUUGUGCUUUUAGGGUGAGGUUUUUUUUUUUUUUUUGGAUAAUAGUUUGGCUUAGAUACUUUUUAAGCUUGACUGUGCUUCAUAAGCGUAUUUAUUUUAAUUCUGAUGCGCAACGCUUUUCUCCCAAUCUUGGUAGGCUGGUUUCCCCAAAGUUGUGUGAAAUCGCAUUGGCAAAACAAAAUCAUGCAUAUGGCAUUUAUAUACUGUUCAAGAUGUCAGCUGAGAAAAUACUUGAUGCAUUGCCUUUGGGUUUAGUAAUGCAGUGAACAAGUAAAUCACUGGGGCUGUUGUUUCAUUUCAUUAAUGAGUAAGAGCAGCUAGUGAUUUAGUAUAAUUAAAUAAAUGCACUAACUUGUUUUUAAAAAGAAUCUUACUCAUGAGUAAUGUGAAAUCAUUUUAGAAGCAUAUGGUUGAUGCCGACAGGCUUGCAAAUACAGGAACUGUUUCCCCCACCCCUCCAUAUGUUUGGGUUAUUUUCUGUUAAUUUGGUUUGAGGUAACAAAAGGAAAUAUAUGGAUCAACCAAGUGUUUGAGACACAAUCCUAGAACUGUAUGAAAUGUCACCAAAAAUAAAUUAUUUUGAUUUGGC